UUUAUAUAUAUAAAAAUACAUAUACAAACACUAGCACAAGGAACUCGCUCAAGCGGAUGUUGCCAUUAACAAUGGAAUUAGAGUUUUUUAUAACGUCAUGGUUAUUGUUAUUUGUCUUCUUAUUUUCCACUUUCCUUCUUUUUCGAGGUAAGAAAUAUCCAGAUCGAUUCCCACCCGGUUCUUUGGGACUACCAGUGAUUGGGCAAAGCCUCAGCCUUUUGAAGGCCUUGAAAGCCGAUAAGGUCGAUAAAUGGUUUCAAGAAGGAAUAACCAAACACGGGCCUAUUUGGAAAACCAAUCUUUUUGGAUACCCGACAGUUGUUUUACAUGGUCCAGCUGCAAAUAAGUUCAUCUACACUUGUGAUGGGAACAUACUCAACAACUCACAACCACCAUCACUCAGCAGAAUCUUUGGUUCGAAAAAUUUAAGCGAGUUGACUGGGAAUGAUCAUAAACGAGUUAGAGCGGCUCUUGUUUCAUUUCUGAAACUUGAAGUGUUGAAGCAGUAUGUUACGAAAGUAGAUGCAGAAAUCCAGCACAACCUUCAAACACAUUGGCAUGGUAAACAAGAUGUUCAGGCACAACCCGUGAUUAAGACCUUGACCUUCAACGUAAUUUGCUCGCUACUCUUUGGGAUCGAAAGAGGGCCUAGAAGAGAGAAAAUGAUACCACUUUUCCAAGACAUGAUCGAAGGUGUGCUAGCAAUUCCAGUCAAUUUUCCAUUCACUAAGUUCAAUCGUGGGAUUGUAGCAAGAAGGAAACUACUGCCAAUGAUUAUAGAUCUUAUACAUGAGAGAAGGGAAACACUUCAAGAACAAAAACAAGAAGCUAUUAAUCAUCAUAAAGAUCUUAUAAGUUCAUUACUUAGCAUUCAUGAUGAUGAUGGAUCACCAACGAUGUCUGAUGAGGAGAUCAUUGACAACAUCAUUGUUGUGAUGGUUGCAGGAUAUGAUACAACCUCAUCCCUCCUUACGUUUUUGGUUAGACUUUUGGCCAACAAUGAAUCUGUCUACUCAAAUGUAGUUCGUGAACAAGAAGAAAUUGCCAAGAGUAAAGCAGUCGGGGAAGCUUUGACAUGGGAAGACCUAACCAAGAUGAAGUACUCAUGGAGAGUAGCAUCCGAGAUGUUAAGGAUAAACCCUCCCAUUAAUUUGAGCUUCCGACGAGCUACGCAAGAUAUUGAGUAUGGAGGAUAUACAAUUCUUAAAGGAUGGCAAGUGUUGUUAUCUCAAUCCAUGACACACAUGAACAAUGACAUUUUCAAAGACCCGACCACGUUUGAUCCAACACGGUUUGAGAAGCAUGCACCACAACCACCACCUUUUAGUUUUGUAGCAUUUGGAGCAGGACCUAGGAUGUGUCCUGGUGUCGAGCUUGCAAAAAUGGAAACUUUAGCUAUGAUGCAUCGCUUGGUGACACAGUUUACAUGGGAGAUUCUUAAGAAAGAUGAAUCCUUCAAGAGAAACCCAAUGCCAAAAUUCGAUCAAGGAUUGUUAGUUCGGAUCAAACCCAUAAAAGCAACAUUUAUGUCAUCGCAAACUUCAUUGUAGGCAAGAUUCGAGACAAUAUUGUAGCACUCCAAAAAAAUCACAAUAAAUUUAAAAUUUUCAAAAUCAA